UGUUCUUGAAUUCCUGGUGCAAUUGUUCCAUGGGAGCUUGCAGGUCAGAUGGGCAUCUCACCAACAUCUGUUGGCUGUUGCGCAGUCAUCAAGCACAGGAGGGAGGGAAUCACAGUGUUCAGUUCAGACUCGUUCCUAGCUACUCUCAGAUUCUUCACUUGGGCUUUAAUUUCAACAAACGGGUCAAAAAAUAAAGCAGUAAAAAUGGGAUUACAGGGGCAUGAAUCCAACCGCUUCCAAGUUCCAACUGCCGCCAACCGCUUCAAAAUAUCCAGCUGCCACGAUUACUCUCAGUGCAGUGCACACAGUUGUUAAAAGGAUUGGCGGUCACCCUUCACUCUCAGUUUUCUCGGCCUACCCUCUCCUCGGUUGACGGUUACCAUGGCGGUCCUAAUGCAUUUACACAUUGUCAUUUUUUUGGUCCUGGCUUUCUCUUUGUUCACAGCGACUGGUUCUGACCCUGCAAGUUCAGAGGAAGAAUCAUUGCCUAAAUUUGCUUUCAGUUGGUUGGAUGAUAAAGACACGUUCCGGGCAGGUGAUAUCGCAAACAUAAAGAUUAAAGUACUGGAGCACGCUGACAGGCUUGAUAGAAAUGCUUUUAAGCCCAUUCUUACUGUCAACGGAAAGAUGGGGAAUAGUUCUUAUGUGUCGGGUGUUCUUUUUGAUUUUGAGGGCGAUCCUAGUGACUGGAGAAUUUCCUUCACUGUGAUCACUGUCGGGUUAUUCAAUGUGUUCAUUGAGGAACACAAUUUCCAUGUGUUUGACUCUUCGAUGCAUUUCCAAGUUGAACCAGGUCAAUUGUACCCGUCUGCCUGUGUUGCUUCAUGGAUGAAUCUUAUGAAUGAGUUUGAAGCGGGGACGAGAGCGAUAAUUCUGAUACUUUUAAAAGAUGCAUUUGGGAAUAAUAUCUCUUCAACCGGUGAAGACCCAAGUUUGUAUAAUUUUACUGUAUCAUCACUUUAUGUAAAUGGCUCUGUUGCAAGUGUCCCAAACAUCAGCUUCAUGGGCUCAAAUGAAUUGGGUUAUAUCAUCAUUGAAUUUAUUGUUGUGCAAGCUGGAGACCUCUUAUUACGAGUUGAAGGUGACAAUGAAACUUUGAGGGGCUCUCCACUACCGUUUAAGGUGAACCCAGGACCUCUUGAGGUUUCCAAUUGUAUGGCCACAUGGAACUUCGAACCAAAUGGAUGGCAACUAUUCUCAAAGAUGGAGAUCUUCAUAUACCAGAAGGAUCAAUAUGGGAACCUUGUUCCAGGAUUGUAUGAAUUUGAUGCUGAAGUUGUUGAAAAAGAGACGAACUUGUCUAUACCCGUCGCAGAUUUACACUUUGAAGAAGUCAUGGCAGGAAUUCAGUUAUUUUCUUUUAGCAAUUUGGAACCGGGGAACUUCUUGCUCACAAUAUAUGAUAUCAAGCAUAAUAAAUGCAUUUCCAAUAUGCCAUACGCCUACACUGUCUUUGUAGGUUAUUGUGAUGGAUUGAAAAGUGUUGUCAAUGGAUCUGGUUUAAAUAACUCGAUUGCUGGGGAAGUAGCAGAGUUCACGGUUUAUUUGAAGGAUCUUUAUCAAUACCCCUCAGCAGUUGAAGUAGAAAGGCUUCAAGUACAAAUCGUUAGGGAAAGUGAUUCCUAUUAUGUAUCUCCAACCAUAUCUCCACUGCAUGUCAUCAACGGCAGUGAACCCACAAGAAGAUUGAGAUAUGUUGCCACCAGCCAGAUUGAAAUGGCUCCUUCACCAUCUUUUGAGCUGAGUAACAGUUCUACCGGCAGCACAAAAGUUCAGGCCAGUUCCUUUAAUGUGGUGUAUUCACCAGACAAGAGUGGGAUUUAUGAAAUUUAUGUAUUUUGCGGAAAUGUUUUACUGAAUGGUGGCCAUUCAUUCACAAAGGAAGUUAUAGCAGGUGAAGUUAAUACAUCAUUGUCAGGGGUUCUGAGAUUUUCUCCCAAGGUGCCAAGGCUGAUUAAAAAUGAAAUAAUAGUGCAGCUCCUGGAUUCAUUUCAAAACCCUGUUUUCUCACAACAAUCAAGGCUGAAAUUAGAGAUUGUGUCACGCAACAAUUCUGAGUUUUCAAGUUGGAUGUUUGUGGAUAACAAUGAUGGGUCAUACACUGUCCAUUAUAUGGCUAAGGAUGUUGGCACUUAUGAGAUGUGUGCUUCUUUCAAUGGCAUAUCGUUCUCACCCUGCCCCUUUGGGGUCAAUGUGUACAGUAGUGAAUAUUUUCCCUCUGCCUACUCUGACACAAUAUCAGUUUGGGAGGAUGAGUCCAUUGCUUUUGAUGCUUUAGCAAAUGGCUACUUUGCUGGUGAUAAUGCAAGUAUUGCCGAAUACACAAAACCAGAUCAUGGUUCACUCGUACAGUAUGGAAGGCAUCUUAGAUACACUCCUUACAAAGAUUAUUAUGGGAAUGAUUCUUUUUCAUACACAAUGUCUGAUAUAAAUGGCAAUCUUGCUAGUGCUUCUGUAAAUAUUUCUGUUCUCAGUAUCCCACCCCAGUUUGUUUCCUCCCCAAGUCUCUUGCAAGUAACUGAAGAUGUGCUAAGUCCCAGAUUUGGGGGUUUCUUUGGGUUUGAAAUAAGAUAUUCAGAUCAGAUGGAGAACAUCUCUAUUAUUCUUACUGCACAAGCUGGGACUGUUUUUUUGUCUCCUAUGCUGAUGCAAUUUUGGGAGCCAAUGUGGAGUGGACUUUCUGUAAACAGAGGGGGGGAAGAAGCAAAGGACUUGAUCUUAGAAGGCCGUGUGGAAGUGAUCAAUUUUGCGCUUCAGUCAAUUCAGUAUCUUGGAAAUCAGAACUUUAGUGGCAACGAUACAAUUCGAAUCUCUACAAGGAACAAGAAUGGAAAAAUUGAUUUGGAUGUUCCCGUUAUUGUGGAACCCAUUAAUGAUCCUCCAUUUAUUCAUGCUCCUGAAUUUAUCAUCCUGAAGGGUAACGAAGAUGAAUCACUGAUCUUUGACAGAGAAAGGGACGAGUUUGAGUUUUGCAUUGGGGACCCUGAUCUUCCUACGUUCCCUGGUGGUGAUAUUAACUUCUUAGUCACAUUUUCUGUGGAAGUUAAUGAUGGAUUUUUAGUCGCUAGUUUACCAGCUGACCUCAUCGAUACAACUGAACUGAAGCUAAAGCAUAGUUAUAUGUGGCAACCUCUGCAGACAUAUGUUGCUAUCUCAAAACAUUUUGCAGUUAAAGCUAGUGGUAUAAGGUUUCGAGGCUCGGUUAACGACUGCAACAGUAUUAUGCAACGGCUUUUUUAUCAUGGUGGAGAACAUGGUGCUGUUUUGACAAUAACACUAAAUGAUAUGGGAAACCAUGGGUGUUAUCCAGAUUGUGCUGAAAGGGUUUCAUUGCCUUUAUACACUACAGCCACUGUAAAUCUUAUAAGAAAAAGGCCAAUGAGUUCCUUCGUAGCUCAUGCCCUCGGAUCAGCUAUCAUCAUCGAAUUUCUUGUGGUAUUUUCUUUUGGGGUGUUGCUUCUAUUCUUUAUAUGCAAAUGUGCAAUUCUCCUAGUAAAUGAAAGAAGAAACCGGCACGCAAAGACUUCUGAGCCAUCUAUUUUGCAAAGCUCCUAUGAUCGAACUGAUGCAACUCACUUCACUGGUUGUUUUUCAAGCUCCUUCUUGCCUGGCAGCCAAUUGCCCAACUUUCGUAAGCGGUCAAGCCGUCUAUCUGGGAAAGGAGAAUCUAGCAGGCAAGCGUUUGGCUCUUUUGAUCAAAGCCAGCGGACUUCUCUACCCAGUUUCAAGUCACUUGCUGUCGAGAAAGAGCAAAGUGAAACUGCUUGACAGAUUCAACUAAUCUGAACUGUGCAAACAAAUUACUGAUUUUAAACUUGUUGGAAGACAUUUCUUCUCUUUGGAUUCCACGAAAAAGAAAAGGAUGCUACUACAGAGCUCUGCAAAUGAAUUAGCGGUCACCGGCAGCGGGCAACAUAGCAUUUCUUUCUUAAAAGAAAAUAAUAGUAUGCUGUUUUGUCUCC